GGAAUAAUCAAUAUGUUCGUAUCGCUGCGUUAUUGAUAGUGAACUACGCGCUGCUCUCAGGGCAGGAGUAAUCAAUAUGUUCGUAUCGCUGCGUUAUUGUUAGUGAACUACGCGCUGCAGUCAGGGCAGGAGUAAUCAAUAGGCUCGUAUCGCUGCGUUAUUGUUAGUGAACUACGCGCUGCUCUCAGGGCAGGAGUAAUCAAUAGGUUCAUAUCGGUGCGUUAGUGUUAGUGAACUACGCGCUGCUCUCAGGGCAGGAGUAAUCAAUAGGUUCAUAUCGCUGCGUUAUUGUUAGUGAACUACGCGCUGCUCUCAGGGCAGGUGUAAUCAAUAGGUUCAUAUCGCUGCGUUAUUGUUAGUGAACUACCAGCUGCUCUCAGGGCAGGAGUAAUCAAUAGGUUCAUAUCGCUGCGUUAUUGUUAGUGAACUACGCGCUGCUCUCAGGGCAAGAGUACUCAAUUUUAUUUUUACUGUAAUAUGUGCCUUCUUUCGAGGCAGGAGUGGACUAAUGUGCUUUUUUUCUCUCUUUAAACAAGGAAGCACUGAGUACAAACCAAAUGAAUGGUAAGCCCAAAAAAUGUGUUCUUCCUGUUUAAACAAUGAUUUUAUAAUCUUUUUUUCUUGGAGCCUCCCCAGCACUGUGUAUUUAGAUUUUUUUAAUUCUUAAUCCUUACUUAGGGAGGUUCCAGGACAUAUUUUAAAACCCAUUGGUUUUUAUUUAUAUGCAGUUAAUACACAAAUUAAACAGUAUGUGAUUUAGUAGAACAGUUUGUAUGACUGUAUGGAGUGGGAAAAGCAUAACGGUGUGUUUAUAUUCUGUACCCAUUUAGUUCUACGCUUUUUGAUUUCGGGAGAGUUAAGCUCUGAUACCAAAAUUGGGAAAAUAGGGCCAUAUUCAAUAUAUAUCAGCAGCUUUCAGUCUCUUCUACAAAACCAGAAACUUCCUGAUGAGGUAAAAGAAAAACAAACAAAAAACAUAAUACUUUCUAUUAUAUUUAAUACAUUUCACAUACUGUCUGUAUUUAAACAUCUAUUUAAACAAACAGAUGUAUAAACAUCUUUUUAAUAAAACAUUUUUUUUUACCUUUUUUAAAUGGUUCAGAUCAUGGAUGCCAUAUUUUACCUGUUCAGCAUGGUAAUAUAAUGUUAUCUACCUAUACAUUUUUGUAACGAAUGAGGCAGCGAGGAGACGCGGAUCUAAAUGCAGACUUUUAUUAAAAAGGUAAACAGGCAAAACACAAAGGAAAAACCCUCGAUGGGGAAACAAAACAUAAACAAGUAAACUCGGGCAGGGGAAACAUUCCAGGCUUGACAACAUACAACGACAGACAAGGAGAGAACAAGAAGCAGGGCUUAAAUACACAGGGAGUGAUGACUAAAUGGGACACAGGUGAGAACAAUGAACAAAUUGGCAGUGAUGAUGACAGAUGGAUACUGGGAAGUGUAGUUCUUUAACAAAAUGGCAGUGAGACACAGGGCAGACAACAGAGGAACGUGACAAUUUUAUGUCAGAAAACACAUACUAAAUUAAACUGAUGGCAUUCAUUUUAACUACCUCAAUUUUUAAUACAUAACAUUUCAUGUGCAAUUUAGAAGGCAACAGGUUUAGUGGCAAUCAAUAGCCACACCUUGGACAAUAUUCUUGAUGGGAAGGUCAGGGCAACAAGUCAUAGUUUUGUGAAGCAUAACAUUCUUGAAAAGGCAGAAGUUGUUAUUGGUCCAUAUCUGGAGGGAGGGAAUCACUGGACUUUCUUUCACUGCAACAUCGUGGAUAGAACAAUAACCUACCUAAAUUCCUUUGGUGAGCAGAAAGAGAAUUGUCAGAAAAUAGCUGAGAAUUGGAGGAUGUUUGCCACAGCAAAGGGAAUCCCAGGAACAUGGGACAUUUGCACAAGGGAGCAUGCCAUUCAGAGAGAUAUCAUUUCUUGUGGCAUCUUUACAGCUGUGUUUGCAGAGACUUUUCUUCGUGGGGACCAGGGGUAUAUUAACUGCCCUUCACUUCAUGAGGAAAGAGAAAGACUAGCAAUUCUGCUCUUUACUUCACUUGAAAGGUCAGGCAUUUGUGGUGUCUGCCAUAAGGCUGUUGCUAAGAGCAAGGCCAAAUGUUCAACAUGUGGCAUGAGCGUACAUGACAAAUGUGUGCAAAAGAAUCAGGAGACUGCUCUUUGUUUGCUGUGCAAAGUGCAAACUGAAACAACAUCAGAACAUAAAGAAAACAAACAAGCAGAGACCGCCAAACUCCUAGAUGAGGAAGUGGUGGAAAGAGAUACCACCGACAAACACCUAGAUGAGGAAGUGGUGGAAAGAGAUACCACCGACAAACACCUAGAUGAGGAAGUGGUGGAAAGAGAUACCACCGACAAACACCUAGAUGAGGAAGUGGUGGAAAGAGAUACCACCGACAAACACCUAGAUGAGGAAGUGGUGGAAAGAGAUACCACCGACAAACACCUAGAUGAGGAAGUGGUGGAAAGAGAUACCACCGACAAACACCUAGAUGAGGAAGUGGUGGAAAGAGAUACCACCGACAAACACCUAGAUGAGGAAGUGUUGGAAAGAGAUAUCUGGUCUCUACAAGUGAAUUAAAGAGGAGAUGCUCACCACCUGAGUGUUACUCCAGCAACACUGUGGUUUCUUAUUUGCAAAAGCAAAGGCACAGAAAAAAUCCAUAGAGGAAAAGCUGUGUGCAGCCUAACCAAGCGGACCAAACUGACUUCACUGUGCACUAAACUGUGUGAAGAUGAAUGCAGUGAGCUGGUCAGUGACGUAAUGUUCCUGGCAGCAAAGUUUACUCCACAAAGAAAAGUGGUCCAGGAAUUGUGUGAAAAUGAGGAUGUCCAUGAUGCAAUUUCCAAAACUGAAGCCUGCAGGAAGACCUUACAAACACUUCACUUUAAGGAGAAACUGGGAGACAUUUGAACAGGCAACCCAUGGGCUUGGGCCUGGUUUAAUGGUGGGCACAUUCAAGUUCAUUGACUCGUGCCUCAAAGAAAAAAUUAAAACACUUAAAUCCUCUACGAAAGAUGUGAACUAGUUAAGGUACAGCUGUUUAAUAAUACCUUUCUGUUGUAAUAAUAUGUUGCUGUGUUUUUUAUAGAUACCUAUAAUCCACUUUAUUUAUUUUUUAAUCACAUUUGUAAUUCAAUUUUGUUCCUUAAUACAAAAGUAAAGUAUUCAAUAUUUUUUUUUAUUAAAGCAA